AUGCAGGAGGAGCCAGGCUGUCUCCCACAAGACUCCCAACGGAGUUUCAGUGUGUUGGACCGCCUCCUCAUCACACAUCCUGUCUGGCUACAGCUGUCAAUCAACUCUGACUCCGCCCUCUACAUCCUGCUGAGAGAGCCAGUCGGGACGUUUCUGGUCCGUAAAUGUAACUCCACCCAGAGGAAGGUGCUGUGUGUGAGGGUGUCAGCAGACAGAGCCCCCUUCGCUGUCAAGGAGUGUUACAUCUGUGAAGAAGACUCUACCUUUGCUCUGGAGUGUUCCGGCCUCAGUUUUCCAGACCUGUGCCGAUUGGUUGCUUUCUACUGCAUCAGCAGAGAUGUCCUGCCCUUUCCUCUGCAGCUCCCAGAAGCCAUUGCCCAGGCCACCUCCAAGCUGGAGGCCAUCUCCCACAUGGGGCUGGAGUUCUGGAGCAGUCCAUCAGACCUCCAGAACGGGCCCGGGGAUCUUCUGGCUCCCCCCAGCACCUGGACCAGCAUGAGCACCAGGACCAGCCAGGAUCAGAUCGGACCUCCCCAGGACCUGUGUGCGAUGGCGGCCCGCGGCAGACUGGGGGCGCUGUGCUUCAUCAACCCACUCUUCCUGCAGCUGGAGCUGACACAGCAGGCCGCCCAGGGAGUAUCUAACAAGCGCCACCGGUUCAAACGCAGCAUGAGGGUGCGUGUGUCUACAGAGAGCUCUCUGAACCUGUGGGGGCCCCCGGCCCUGCUCCCCUCCCCCCCCGGAGCCGUGUGGGGGGGCGGAGAGGCUGCUGCCCAGCCCCAGCCCCAGAGGAAGGUCCACGCCGGGGCAGGGCUGCUGAAGAGGACCCCGGCCCUCGCCCCCAACCUCCGUGGAAGAGGAGGAGUGUGGGCGCCUCGUCCGCCGCCCCCGUCUAUACCAGACCUCCAGGAGGAGACCCCCCAGCCGCUGGAGGACGAACCCAGCAUCGAGAUGGCCUGCCUGGCCUUGGAGGGCCGCCCGGCCCCCUCCCUGGCGGACCUGGACAGCAGCAGCUCCUUCAGCAGCCUGGAGGACGAGUCGAAACCGGACGAGUCGGAGCCGGACGAGGAGGAGCCGGACGACAGGCCCCUCACCAGGACCAACUCCAAGCAGCGCCCCCCGCUGGUCCGCUCGCACGGCCACGGCGGCCUGCACCGGAUGAGCGCCGCCUUCGUGUGUUUCUUCGCCCCGGAGAAGCGGCUCGCCCGGUUGGUCGAGGAGCUGUCGCGCGACAGGCGCUCGGCGUUCGGCGCCAUGGUCCUGGACUUCCUCCAGAGGCAGAGGGAGGAGCUUAAGCCUCUGCUGUCGUCGUACCCCACCUCCAUGUCCUCCUUCUCCUUCUCUGCCUCCACCUGCUCUUCCUCGUCCUCGUCUCACCCCCUGACCUCCGUGGGCCUGCUCCAGGGGGUGAGGCGCUUCCUGUCCCAGGCCAAGACCUUCCUGCUGGACAGUGGCGAGCUGGAGCCCCCUAUCGACACCCUGGUGCCUGAGAACGAGAAAGACCUGGCCCUGGAGAAGGCCAUGUUUGGCUGUGUGCUGAAGCCCCUGAAGGCUCAGCUCUCCAGGGGCCUGACGCUCCUCCACCGCCUGGACGGCUCCACCCAGAAGCUGACAGACACCCUCCACCGCGACCAGGAGGGGGCGCUGGAGCGCCUGGGCGUGCAGGUGGGGGUCCCGGACGCCCGUGGCGUGGAGCGGGUGCGUCAGAAGCUGGCCCUCAUGCAGAGGACACACUCCCCCAUAGACAAGGUGCUUCUGCUGCUGCAGGUCUGCAAGUGUGUCCACCAAGCCAUGGGGUCCUUACACGGACAGGAAGUGAGUCCUGAGGACUUCCUGCCGGCCCUAUCCUACCUGUUAGUGCAGUGCAACAGGCCCCAGCUGUUGCUGGAGGUGGAGUACAUGAUGGAGCUGCUGGAGCCUUCCUGGCUCACUGGAGAAGGUGGUUACUACCUGACCAGCGUGUACGCCAGCCUCUGUCUGAUCCAGAGCCCGGAGCUGGAGGAGCUGCCCCCAGGCUUCCUGCCCCAGGAAGCCCAGGACCAGCUGAGGGCGUGGGGCUACAGACGCAGCCGAGAGGCCCAGAGCCAGCAUCGCAGGCUGCAGAGCCAGAGGUGCGUUCGGGUGCUGUUCCAAGACGGCGAGCGCAGCGCCGUGCGGACUCUCCAGUGGCGCGCGGGCGAGAGCCGCGAGGUCCUGGCCCAGCUCUGCGCCGCCACCUUCGGGGUCUCCGACCCCCAGCACUACACCCUGUACUGGCGCAGCGGCGGGGAGAUGCGCGCCCUGCCCACCCAGGCCCAGCCCCAAGACCUGGCCAGCCACAGCGAGGGGGGGCCCUCACUCUCCUACCUGAGGACGGACCACGACUUCAGCAAGAUGCGUCGGCUUACCCGGGGUGGAGCCGUGGACCUGGGGGAGUCGGUGUGCGAGGAGUGAGGGGGAGGGAGGAGGGAGGGAGGGAGGGAGGGAGGGAGGAGAGGUGUCGAGUUUCUCUCCCUUCUUGCUUUCUCUCUCUCUGUCUCUCUCUCUCUCUCUGGCUGUCUUUCUCUGGCCACGUCCUGAUAAAGCUGUUUUUUUGUCUCGUUUGUAGCCCCUGGAGAUGUUGUCAAACCUGCAGCCCCUUUGAUAAAACCUCGGGUGCAUCUCAAACAGUGCACUAUGCCUCCUUAUCGUACCCCUCUAUGCUGGCUAUGGGCAAAAGCAAGCUUUUCUACAUAAGGGACUAUCGUGUAAAAGGCAGUGCGCCUAGCCACAUUGUCAGCGGUGGUCUAAUAUAGUGUUUAGGGGCUAUGAUGGUAUGUGGUGCACUUCCUGAGAGUUAGGCUGCCGUUUGGGCCUUCAAGUCUCUAGAGACGGAUGUGUGGUUGAUUGUUUUCUCCUCGCAUCGCCCCAUGUGUGUAAAAUGUUAGCUCCGGGUUAAGAGUCUGCUGUCAAGGGCUCAGGGGGGUCUAAAUAUGACGUCUUUGGGAUGUACAGCAUGACUACUUUAGGACUAGAGGUCGAGAAAUUAUAACGGUAUUUUAGGCCGACCGGGUGAUGACCAAACCUCAAUACCAAAGUGAUGUCACAGGCCAGAGGCGUAGGAUUGUGUGUGAAACUUAGUGGACAAUCUUUGUGUUGAAGAUGGACUUGGGGAAAGGACAAGAUAGACGUGCAGAGGGUUAACACACACACUGUUCUCCGGACGCCAUUUUGUGAUGCUGUGGAUGUUGCUCUGCCAUGUUAUGGGAAUGACGCUUAACAUGACAGGUUUGGGUUUUAAUCUUCACUUUUUCUUUUGGUAAAUAAAGGCCUGGUAUGUGGCUUUACUAGAGUUUUCUUGUCGUAAGAUUUUUCGCCAGCAGAAUGUCACUUUAGAUACAUUUGUCAUAUAAAAAAACACAAUUUUCUUUGUUUUUUCUCUUAAUAUUUUUAAAGCAAUGAGGUUACUUAACCAUUCCAUGAUGAGGACAGCGGGGGGGCUUACAUUUACAUUUAGUCAUUUAGCAGACACUCUUAUCCAGAGCGACUUACAGUAAGUACAGGGACAUUUCCCCUGAGGCAAGUAGGAUGAAGUGCCUUGCCCAAGGACACAACCUCAUUGUGACCGGCAACCUUCUGAUUACUAGCCCGAUUCCCUAACCGCUCAGCCAGCUGACUCCCUAGAGGAAGACAAUCUGAACAUUGCCAAUAAACCUGGACCAUGUCUUAUCUCUUGGUGAUUGGUUGAAUGUAAAGUCAAUCACCUAUUGGUUGGUGACUCCUGCUGCAACUAUACUAUAGGUGACAUCCAACUGACAAUUAAUUGUUCAAUGACUGUUCAAUUAACCUUUAAUGUUACUAUCAAUAACAACCUACUAUGUACUACGAUUGUUCAAAUGUGGGAAACACAUAAUAUUGAAUAUGGAUGAGACAUUUGAACAAAAGUAAGUAUUUUAUUGGAAAGAGGUGAUUAUUUUGGACAAGGAUCAUAUGGCAUAUUUUGAAAAUUACUGCAUGCUAAAAUGUUUCAUAUUGUGCAAAGGUUCUGAGAAUGUGGUGUGUGUGAUGCUGCAUGUGUUCCGUGUGCUAAAUAAGGCAACUUUAAGGAAUUCCCUAUUUCUUUUUGAAUGUAAAACACAUUGCUGUAUUUUGUCAAGUAAUUCAAAAUCGCAAUAAAAUUGCAGUGUAUGUUCCCAACGGUGAUAUCCUGUGUCCGUUUACUGUGCUACUCUGGUGUUUCUGUAGACUGGUGCAUGUUGGGUAGGGCCCUAGAGGGCAGCAAUGUGCCUAUUUUAAGGAGAGUUAUCAUGUCUUAAUCCUAGUUCAUCCUGUUUCUUGGUUCGUUUUAGGCAACACAGUCAUGAAACAGAUUGAACUGUCUGUUUUUUUAUUUGACGUAAAUCAUAAAUUCCCACAUUCGUACUGAUUCAGUUUAGCUUUGUUCUCUAUCACAAUAAAGCUAUUAACUCAAGUCAAUCCACUUGGCAUUACAUAUUUUUUCCAUAUACUUCAGACAAUGGCGGGUCUGAGUAAUAAUCAAGUUGUUGAAAUGUUUAAUAAAAACAACUGCCCACCUGCAUUAGUCUCAAGAUAAACAAUGGGACAUUUUGAGAGCUGACAUUUUGA